GACCGCCCCUGUUUUGUUGUUUGGCUAAAGAUGGCGUUAGCGGCUAACACAGGCGAUUGCAUUUUGUUUCACUAAAAUUGUUCGGCCAGUGGUAACAAAACAUUGAUGAAAUAGAGGUUUAAUUCGUCAUUUGAUGUGUAAAAAUACGUUACACUGAGCAAAUACACGUCCAUUACUUAGAAUAACACGGGUUGGCCUUCUCACGAUGUAGGCCUGUUUCUUUAGGGAGUGGACCGAAGCGGUUGGAACUCCAUCUCCCGGCAGCGACUGCGGCGUCAGGUGGUACAAUUUUAAUUUCUCGUGCUGGUAUCUGUAGUUUCCUGGUUACACCAAACUGUUAUUUUUGUGCAAACUUUAAAGAAAAUGACUGAAGUUACUAAAAGCACGUUCUCACUAGUUUGAGGGCUUAAAUUUAAAGUGAGAGGACAUGUUAUUUAAUUUCUCGGUAUUUCACUGGAAGCGUCUCGUCAUGCUUCCCUGUGUCUGUAAUGUCAACUUAAGCUGAGAAGAGUAAAACCUAAUAAAUCUGUCGGGAUCAUGGCUGCAUCACCUGUGCAAGGUGACUGGAAACACUCAAAAGCACCCUCUAAAGAAGGACACCCAUCCUCACCAGAGUCCUCGUUGACCUGGUGCCUGGCUCACCUCUCCAAACCUGGAUCUGGAGCUGAACCUCAGGGACAGAGCCAGGCAGACUCAGGUGGUGGGAAAGAAAUGGACAAGAGGUCCAGGGCCUCUCAGUGGCGAGCUCUAGUUGCUAUCCGGACGCAGCACAUCAAGGGUGACAAGGCUGGCAUCACCCGAUUCAGAACUCAAGGGGGUCUGCGGCCCCUGUUGGACCUGCUCAAACGCCCUGAGUGCUCCAGGAAAACUCUGGACCUGGCUCUGAGCAUCCUGGCCAACUGCUGUACGGAGCUGGAGACACGUUUAGAAGUUCGUAAACUUGAUGGAAUCAAUAUUGUAGUGGACAUCCUGAAGAGAAAUGUGGCACUGGAGACCAUCCAGAGCCGAGCAGCCCGGGCUUUGGGAAACUUGGCCAUGGAUCCAGAGAGUUCUGCACUCAUCCACUCUGCUGGUGGUGUUCCUCUCCUCCUCCUCUGUGUGUCGCUGUCCUCAGCCCCGUCCUCCCCCAAAGCCUCUCCACCCAAAGACCCCUGUCCCAAGCUGGAGUGCGCUCAGUUGGCUGCUCGGGCCCUCCUCUACCUCUCAGAUACGCCCUCUAACCGCCUGUCGUUGCUCACCCAAGGGACCUUAUCUGCCCUCGCCCCUCUAAUUGCUCCAGAGUAUCCCCAGGCCUUGAGGCGGGCAGCACUCAGGACCCUCCACGAGCUGACCCGAGGCUGUGGUGUUGAAUGUGCCAGGGAGGUGUCCCGCUCUGGGGUCCUCGCUCAGCUCGGUGUCUUGGCGUCCGGGGAGUCUGGUAAACCUUUUGAAGAGGUGGCCCUUAAGACGCUGGCCAACAUGUGCUCCCAGGGCUGCCUGCGGCCUCUAGUUGGGUCACUGGGGGUCAUUCAGAAGUUCACAGAGGAGGUUAAGCGAGACCCUCUGAAGUCGGGAGUCUUCCUCAGGGCUUUGUGUUUGUGCUGCAAAGAGGCUGUGAACCGGGCCAAGGUGAAGGAGAGCGGCGGACUGGAGGUGCUGAUUGGCUUUUUGUCUGCUCAUCAGAGUCAUCCACUUUCCCGGCUCGCUAUUCUGGCCUGUGUAGACUUUGUUUUUGAUGAGGCAGCCAUGGAGCAGUUGCAGGAGUUGGGGCUAGUCCCUCUUCUUGUCGCACGACUAGUGGAGCUCACCAGAGGAGAGGAGCAGUUGGCUGAGAAGAUGGACGUGAGCCUCUCAUCCAGCAUGUCUCCCACUGAGCUGCUGCCCUCCUCAUGUUUGGAUUCCUUUGACUUUCCUCCUCCUGAGGGAUACAAGAAGGAGGAAGCUGGUCGAGAGCAAGGUCUUUGUUCAUCAAGCUUUUUGAGUCUCAGGUAUGACAAAUCAAAUCAAAAAGUCAAAUCUUUAUUGUUCUGCUAUUCUGUGUUUGUUAUUUACAUCUUUAUUUCUCUCUCCAGGUCAUGGUUGGUGUCUGAAGGAUUGAUUUCUUCUGAAGGAGAUCUGCUGGAUUCCUCCAGUGUUGAUGGGGAAUGGGGGACUCUUCAGAUCCCACCGUCAUCAUCCCCUCAAACUUCUUCCCCAAACCCAUAUUCUAGUCCCUUUCUUAAAAACUCUUCUUCAUCCACUCCUACAGUCUCCUCUGCUUCUAAGAAAGCAGCUCAGCCUUCCCCCGUUUCCUCUUCAUCGUCAUUAAAAGUCACAGAUCCGACUCCCUCCGCUGCUCUCACACCUCAAACCCAGCCUAGUUCCUCCACCAUCUCCUCUCCGACUAAAUCAACACCCGUCUCUCCGUCAAAGUUCUCAUCGCCACACAAAAGAAGACAGCGGGUUCAUUCAGCAACUUGUCUGACUAAAGUCAUUCUUGACACCCCUCCAUCUGUGCCCCGUCCGAACGCUUACCACCACCCAUACCACCCCGAACCCUGGACGGCCGAGUCUCCCAUCCUGCUGCUGCUGUCGCGCUUUUCCCAUGUCACCGACCCCAGCGCCGCUCUGGUCAGCUCAGGCGUCAUGUCCGGCCUGCUGUACUACCUCACCCAGCACCAGGACCCCAGCAGCAGGUGCUUCCGUAUGCUCUGCCGGCUGAGCUGCAACCCAAACUGUUUGCAAUCGCUGGUCCGGACCGGUUCUGUAGCACUGAUUCACCACCACCUCUGCCAGAGAGAGGGAGGGUGUGAGGGAGAAGAGAGGCAGACGGACCGAGUGAAAGCUAAAGUUAAACAGCUCGGUGUCGCUCUUCUGAAUAAUCUGCGUGUCCAGUGUGAGUCUGGAUUUGGCUCUGGGGUUCUUGCACAUGUGAUGCUGUCUGGCUCCGAGUCCGACAAGAUGAACUGUGCAUUUUCUCUGCCAUUAAUCAGCAGUAACAAGUCCCUGUUGAAGAAGCUCCUCCUGGACAGUGGUGGUCUCCUCUUGGCUCUUCAGCCCCUCGGCUGCGAAGAUGAUGAUGGGGAUGACGACCACCCCGCUGAAUGUGGACGACUUCCCUCCGACUUGUUUAAUUCAGGUUUGACCUCUCAGCUCCACUCGCUCUACUUCUCUCUCCUGAUCGGAUGCCUGUCGACUCUGACCGGUCCCAUUAAAACUGACAUAAAACUUAUGAAUCCACUUCCAACACAGUCAGCCAGUAAAUCUGGCAGAGUUUCACCUCCUCCCUCGAAAAAGCCUCGAUUAGCUGACACAUGUCCCUACGGUGUCUCUCAUUUUGACCUGCUCCUGCUGCUGGACGAUGGGACCCGGGUCCCAGCCAACAGGGAGACUGUGGCCGGGGUGGAGGGCUCAUACGGGGUCGGCUCUGAGUACUUCAGGGCUCUGUUGAAAGGUGGCUUUGGAGAAGCUCAGGGUAACGCAGAAGAAGCCAUCCACAUUAAAGAUGUCAGCACAGGUAUGUUGCUACCGGUGCUGCAUUACCUGCAUGGAUGUCGUCUCACAAAGACUGAAACAACACAGGAAACUGGUGAAGGAGGGAGAAAAGGACAGUGUCAUAUUUUAAAUGCGUUGGUCCUCGAUGGACUGAAUGUCUGCCAGAAGGAGACAGAGGAGCACUCAGCAGAGGACUUGGCUUUCCAGAAAACACCUUUAGGUGAGGCCAUGAUUGGAGCUUGCAGAUUUUUGGUUCUUGAGCUGCAGAGAGAGUUAGAGGACCUCUGUGUGUCUCUUCUUCUGUCCUGCUCCACGAAGGCUGCUAGUCCAUCUCCCUCAGAGGACAGUGCUGAAAAGGCUGCACCUAAAAUGGACCAAGAAGUCAGUGAGUCCGCUGAGGAGAACCUUGCUAGUCGAACAUCCGAGCUAGAGCUGACUGGAACUAAGAUGCAAACAGAAAAUUUGCCUGAACAGACCAAGAAACUGAACAGUUCUUUAAAUCAAACAGACAGUAAGAAAUCCUCUUUGGUUGGAGCAGGACAGAAAGUCAACAAAGGACUGAGUACAACUUCAGAGAAGAAAACAAUCAAAACUUCUAAACCUGAGGGCAUAUCAGUGGAUCCAGAAGAGUUGACAUUAAGACCAAAGAACUUGAUGAAAGGUUCAGCACAGCUUGUGAAAUCAGCAGCUCAGGGCUCUCAUUCUUCCUCAGAAACCGUUGCUGGAGGUGGAGCUCUGGCUGCUCUGCUCCCACAGGUGUACUGGUUUUCCCAGCGGUACAGUUACCCAGCGCUGGGUCGGGCCUGCCUGUCUCUGCUGCUGGGCUGUCAGGACUGUCCUCGGCCCUUCUUGUCCUCCAUCGCUGGGGAUUGCCUUCGCAGACUGGCCAGAGAGGCUGACUGUACAGAGACUCUGAAACAGGAUCUAUUGAGUCUGGCCUCGGCUGCUCUGAGCUGAACAAGGAGGGAAAUACUGACUUUCGUGAUAAAUAGCAUAAAUUCAGAGGCCACAGAGUAAGUUAGAGUCGACUUAAUAAGCUUCUGAAGUUGCCAUUGUCUUAUUUUUAUCAAUUACCGGCUACAACAAUAGCACGAAUACCUGAAAAAUAUGCUGUAUGAUUUCUUCGGCGCUAAUGGCAGUGACUGGUGAUUUAUUUUCAUAAUUUUGAAGCAAACGUUUCUGUUUAGUUUCGAUGUAAUUGUAGCCCGUCCGAGCAUGACAUACUUCUGUUAUAAUUUACUGUUGUUGCAUUAAUUUCUAACGGCAUUUGUAUUGGGAUUUUUUUUUUUUUUUAAUUUGGGAAACGUUUAAGCAGAUGCUCUACCAAGUGUCAUGUAGCUGGAAUAAUCAGGGUUGGUCUCAGAACCAGUUGUUUAUUUUGUACAUAGAGAUGAUAUGGAAUAGCAGAUAUACAGUGUAUAAGUUUCAGCAGAUCGAUGCGCCACUGAAUAUAUUGUUGGAACAUCA